GGCCGAAGCACUGCGCAUUUAACGAAAGUCCCAGCAUCAGCGACGACGCAUCGGCUGACAUUCCGGCAACCACCUGCGGGCCACUCGGACGAGAACACACGCUUCAACUUUUCCGCGGUUGCUCCCUUGUUGACUCGAGGUAUACUCGCUUUGAGAGAAGAGCUAUGUCGCACCUACUAGGCUUGUGCUGCUGCAACGCCUGCGAAAACUGUCGGGACAGUCUGCGUGCCAGGCUUCCCAGCUGCUUGGGCGGCGAAGACUCGCCGGGAGAGCAGGUGGAACAUGGACAGGAAGGGGAACCAAGUUCGGCGUCCGAAGUCGUCACCCACGGUCCGUCCUCCGCGGAAGCUGGCGUUGGCACCGAAGCGAAGUCUACGGUCGAGGCGUCCGCUCCGAUGCCACCGCGCCAGAUCAGUCGACCUGGCCAUGGAAGCCAUCCCGUAGGCAGCGUGUACCUGUCGCACGUGGGCAGUGACCUGUCUCUUUCGUCGGAUCCGCAAACGGAGCCUUCCACGCUGGCUUCUACGGCCAUUCUGAAUACCGCUAAGCGUGCUGAGGAAGAGGACACUUCCCCGGAAGAUGUGUCUGGCAUGGAGAUGAAGCCCAUGGGCGCCAGGGCGGACCAGGAGCAGUCUUCCAGCGCUUCCGAACUGGAGGAGCAAGCUGAAAAGGUUUAAUAUGACACAGUGGGGAUCUCGGACGGUCGCUUCCUGACGAGAACUCGGCAUGUUGCCUUCCGUCCUGCCGGAAAAGAGGCCUUCUCUUCUGGCGUGCCAUCAAAAUGUCUUAACUGCUUUUAGUUGUCAAUAAAAUCCUCCCUUUUA